AUGGCAGAAUUACAUGGAGGUACAGCUGCAAUUGGAAAAAUUCCGGGUACUCCGGGACAAAACCACGACGAAAUCAUGGUGUGCCAAUAUAUCCAUCUCACCAACUCCAAGGGUUGUAUAUGGUUUGAUGAUGAUUGUUUCAGCUACAGCAUGCCUACUUUAUUGGCCCAGUUUGCUGUCAUUUUCUUUUUCACAAGAACCACACAAUUCAUCCUCAGACCUCUUAAACAAAGUCUCUUCAGUGCACAAAUUAUUGCUGGUAUUAUAAUGGGGCCAACACUUCUAGCGCGUAAUAGAGAGUACAUGCUAAAGUUGUUUCCUCCGGGAGGCAAAUUGAUACUCGAAACAGUAGCAGACUUUGCCUACAUGCUUCACCUUUUUAUAUUAGGAGUAAAGAUCGACACAACCAUGUUGGCGAGGGCAGGGAAGAGUGCUGCACUGAUAGGCACCACAUCUUUCAUGCUGCCUCUAGUAUUAGGAGUCUCCGCAGCAUUCAUCUCACUUCGUAUAUUCACUAUAGAAGAUCAAAUAAAGAAAUACCUUCACUUCAUAGCAGUUGUGAACUCCAUGUCCUCGUUUCCUGUUAUCACCAGCCUCCUUGCUGAUCUGAAGAUUCUCAACUCAGAGCUAGGUCGCUUAGCCACAUUAACUUGCAUGGUGUGCGACUUGUGGAGCUAUUCCAUGUCCAUUAUUAUGACCACAAUCAGUAUAUCUAUGCGCAACUCACACUGGACCACAAUGUGGUCCAUCUUCUGGCUUGCCAUGUUCCUUAUGACCAUUGUGUUGGUCCUCCGACCGCUGGCAAUAUGGUUAGCAAAGCAGACGCACGAAGGGGGAUCCAUGAAGGAGGGCAACUUCCUAGCCAUUGUUGUGAUGCUUUUGGGGUGUGCUUAUUUCUCUGAGAUUGUGGGUCAGAGUACCCUUGGAACUUUUAUGUUCGGAUUGGCUUUACCAGAUGGUCCACCACUAGGGUCAUCUUUGGUAAACAAGCUUGAUGCAAUGUCUACAGGAUUGUGGCUUCCUGUGAAGAUGACAAUUAGUGGCUUGAGGGUGAACUUGUUUACCAAAAGCACUAAUUUCGGUACCGGGGUUAUACUUCUGCUCAUAAUUGUUUUGGGCUACAUUGGGAAGUUCACAGGCACCCUUCUUUCGGCUUGUUACUGCAAGGUGCCCCUUUGGGAUGCCAUAUGUCUUGCUUUGAUCAUGUGCUGCAAAGGCGUCGUCGAGGCUGCUUUAUAUAACAUGUGGAGGCUAAAUGGGAUAUUUAGCAACCAAGCUUAUAAUCUUCUGAUAAUGUCGAUGUUAAUUGUAACGGGAGUUGCCACACCCCUUAUAAGUUACCUCUAUGACCCAUCAAGAAGGUACAUGGAUCAGACGAGAAGCACUAUCCUACAAUCCUAUAAUCAGAACAUGGAGCUCCGGAUACUUGUAUGCAUCCACAAUGAAGACAAUGUCCCCACCAUUAUAAACCUCCUUGAAGCCUCACAUCCCACAUUGCAUCGCCCCAUUACCGUCUUCGUCUUGAAUCUCAUGGAGCUCACCGGGAGGUCUGCAUCCAUACUCGUGCCAAAUUUCAAGAGAGUAAAAUUCUCUUCUGCACCAAGCCGGUCUGAUCAUAUAGUUAACGCUUUCAAUUACUUUGUGGAGAAUAAUCAAGGGCGCGUCAUGGCACAACACUUCACAGCAGUUGCACCAUAUGCAAGCAUGCACGACGACAUAUGCAUGCUUGCACUGGACAAAAUUGCAACCCUUGUAAUUGUCCCCUUUCACAAGCAGUGGACUAUUGAUGGAACAGUUGGAGCUACCUUCCCUGCCAUUAGGACAGUAAAUAAAAAUGUUAUAAAAAAAUCCCCUUGCUCGGUUGGGGUCCUAGUAGACCGAGGCCAAAUGAGUGGCAACUGGUCUGUUCUAACAGGACAGUCCUUGUUCCGCGUUGCCUUGCUCUUCCUUGGUGGUGCAGACGACAGAGCAGCACUUGCAUAUAGCAGCCGUAUGGCAGACCAUCCACAAAUCACCCUCACGGUGGUUUGGAUUAAACAAUGGGAUCGGGAAGAACAGGAACUGUUUGGUAAUGUAAUGGAGGACAACCUUGACAGCGAGUUGAUUGACGAAUUCAGGAGCAAUGCCAAGGGCAAUGGGAGGAUUGUCUAUAGAGAAGAAAGAGUGGACGAUGGAGUGGGGUCAACGCGUGUGAUUGGUUCUAUGGAGGAUGCUUUUGAUUUGUUCAUAGUAGGUAGACAUCAUGAACCUGAUUCUCCACUUUUAUUAGGUCUAACGGAAUGGAGCCAGUGCCCUGAACUUGGGGUCGUUGGUGACAUGCUAGCCACUUCAGAUUUCCAGUUUUCGGUCUUGGUGUUGCAAGAACAGCAACCAGAAGCUGGUUUUCUGGACAAUCCCACCACUUCAGUUUGUAGCAGUCCUGCAGUAAGUUCAAGGGUGGGUCGAGAACCUUCUGAAUCCGAAUUAUGCCCCAUUAGAAUACGAUAA